UAUCUGCUGUAGCACAGAUUUACGCUAUUGAAACCAGAGAACAAAAGUAUCCGAGCCCAGUGUAUAGCAAAGGUCACUGGCCAGCUACUAAAACUGCUAUUUUUCAGCUGUUAUUCAGGGUUAAUUUAACUGACUUUAUGUGAUGUCUGCCCACUGCACAGCCUCCGGGGCCAGCGACUGGCGAUGCACAAGCCCUGGGAUUAGCAAUCUGCUGCAGCAAGUGUUGGCCAAUGGACAGAUGAGCGAUGUGAAAUUUGCAGUCGGACACGAGCACGGGGCGGUGAGAGUCUUUCCCGCUCACAAAUUUAUCCUCAGCCUGAACAGUGACGUUUUUGAUGCAAUGUUCAAUGGGGAACUAGCAGAAAGCGCUACAGAGCCUAUCAAAAUUCCUGAGGUACUGCCAGAGGCAUUCGCUGUUAUGCUCCAAUACAUGUACACUGGUUCAGCCGAGCGGCACCUCCAGCCAGAAAAUCUUUUCCAAACUAUUUACUGCGCCGACAAGUACAACUUGCCGAUGUCGCUGGAAGCGUGUCUGAAAUUCGCCCGCAGCCAACUGAAAAUUGACAACUGCUUGAUGUUUCUGGAAAACAUUAGCCGUUUUAUGCAUAAUGCUGCUACGGGUGCCUUUGUGGAGAAGUGCCUGGCAAUGGUGGAUGCUUCCGCCACAACCAUUUUCCAGUCGGACGAGUUUGCUGCAAUCGGUGAGGACACGUUGGAUAUGAUUUUACAACGUGACACGUUGCUGGCGGAUGAACACACCAUUUAUACGGCUGUGGAAAGAUGGGCUGUAGAAGCAUGCCAGAAAAAUAAAUUGGAUCCAUCCAGCAUCAACCGGCGCAAAAUGCUCGGCACCGCAGUUUUUCAUAUCCGAUUUCCGCUGCUCACGGAUUCUCAGCUGGCCAACGGCCCCGUCAAAACUGGCCUGCUGCUUGAAAGUGAAAUCGUGGCGCUGUAUCAGUAUAAACAUGCCAUACCGAAACCGCCGCUGCCCUUUCCUGUUGAGCCACGAAAGGGAUUAUUCUUCAGUUUUCGGCUCUCGGAGCGAGUUUUUGUUUAUAUCGAUAAUCAGAAUUGGUGUCCGGGUGCGGUUGUGGACAUUACGGAAUCUGGCAUUACCGUCAUGCUACGCCGCGGACUGAUUAGUAUAACCACACCGGACAAUGUGGUGGCCGACACACGAUUCGAUACGUUCCCUGCGUACCGGGACAGCUCGUUCAAGGCGUAG